AUGUCACUGAUAGGGUAUACAAGGUGGUACAUACCUGGAACACCUAUACUUGGACCACAACGACCCACCAUUUUUACGAAUAAGGAAGUACCACCAGGCUCGAAGGUGAAGAAGUUGAUGGCGGCAUUGGAAGAGAAGAAUAAUUAUAUUAUACACUAAAGAAAUUUGAAGCAAGCGAUAGUGAAAGGACUGAUUGUUAAAAAGGUAUUUUAAAAAGGACACUCUAAUUUUUAUCUUAUUAAUUUUAUUUUUUGUAUUAUUUAUGUUAUAGGUGAACAGAGUCCUACAGUUUGAACAAUCACCAUGGCUUGCAAAAUACAUUAGUUUAAAUACAGAGAUGAGAAAGAAGGCAGCUAAUAAUUUUGAAAAAUAUUUCUGCCAACUUAUGAACAAUGCUUUUUUGGUAAGUUUUUAUUAUUAUUAUUAAAACUUGUAUGUUAUUAUAUUAUGAUUUUCUAGGUAAGAUGA